AUGUCGAGAUCUGUAGAUGAUUAUGGAAUCUGUGACGAACGAAAUCGUAUGUAUCAAAUCUACAAUUUUAAGUCUGAUUCAUGGAAGGAUAUUGAUGCCACUCCCAACAGGGACAUGCGGUUUUAUGGACGUGACGUGUCUCUCAAGGGAAAUACUUACUGGCUUGUUAGAAUGGAUACUAACUGGUUUCGAGGACAAGAAAGAUUUGAAGGACAAGAAAGAUUUGUAAGAUUCAUAGAACGAGUAAGAGACAGCCCUGAUUUCUUUUUACUCUGUUUUGAUUUUACAACGGAGAGAUUUGGACCGCGGAUACGUCUACCGUUUUGCUCUAGUAUUGGCGAUAGAGUGGCCCUAUCUAGUGUUAGAGAAAAGCAUCUUGCAGUGUUACGUCAGCAAUAUGAUACAUUACGUAUGGAGAUAUGGAUUAGUAGUAAGAUUGAGCCCGGAGAGGUGUCUUGGAGCAAGUUGUUUGUAACAAAGAAUAUGACAACACUUUUUACUUUCCCAUUUGAACAUGGGAAUUUUUUUGUUGACGUGAGGAAGAAAGUCGUCGUAGCUUUUGCUAAAGACAAAGAGACGCCGAAGCGCUGGGUAGCUUGUGUCAUUGGAGAGGAUGGAUAUCUAAAAAAAGCGGAUCUUGGAGAAUCUACAGACAAACAUGGUUUCCUAGUACAGCUUGUAUGCCCUUAUGUUCCAAGCUCAGUGAAAAUCAAGUAG